AUGUUCGAUCGUGCCAAGAGCUUUGCCGUCAAACCCAAGGUCCUAUACCUUGGCGUUCCCAAACAUCAAUCUAGUAGGAUUCGCGAUCAAUACUAUAAACUGUUCGACAUUGAUAUUCUUGACGUGUCCACCAGAGCAGAGGCACUCGAGGGCAUACCUGAGAUAGUGGCCUCCCGCGGCCCGUAUCAGGCCCUAGUAUGUCGGCUUGGGCCUCAGCCAUAUGAACCAUUUGACUCUCAGCUUUUGGCUCCUCUCUUGCCAGAUCUCCGCAUUGUGGUGUCGGCGCAGAGAGGUUUUGACGACUUCAACGUAGACUGGAUGACGAGGCAGGGCAUCUGGUUCUGCAACACCAAACACGCUAUGGUCGAUGCCACGGCAGAGAUGGCGCUUUUCCUCAUCAUGGCUGUAAUUCGCAACACAAGUCGCGCGGAGCAGAGUCUGCGUUCGGGAUCGUGGCGAGGCCGGCUACCACUGUCUCGAGAUCUGAGAUCCACCACUUUGGGAAUCAUUGGAAUGGGCAACAUCGGAGUAUGUCUGGCGCAUAAGGCCGUGGCCCUCGGUAUGCAUGUCAAUUAUCAUACUAAAAGUGGCAAAGCGAUGGGGAACCAAGUCCCAGCUGGUUCAGUACACUGUGCGACUCUGGACGAGCUCCUGCAGAGUUCGGACGUCGUCUCAGUUCACUGCCCGCUAGAUCAAGAUACUUUGCAUUUGUUGGGAGAAAAACAGUUUCAUUCGAUGAAAGAUGGCUCUUAUCUUAUCAACACUUCACGAGGCGGUGUCGUCGACAGUCAGGCACUGAUCAGAGCUUUGGAGAGUGGCAAACUUGCUGGAGCAGGACUUGAUGUGUUCGAGAAUGAACCGACUGGCAUCGACCCGUAUUUUCUAAAGAGCGACAAGGUAGUGCCUAUUCCGCACAUGGGAGGACUGACGGAAGGUUCAUUCGAACUCGCCGAGCAAGAAUGUUUGACAAAUGUGCAGGAGUAUUUUAGCACGGGCCGACCAUGUGCACCACUCAACAAUGUCGAUCAGCGAGUGCACAGCGUCUUUGCUGUACUUUAA